UGGGUCGAGGACAAGAAAGGAGGAGACUUCGUUGUCUUGUGGCGAUUCGAAAUGAGCAAUUACAUAGCGUUUUGCAAGAAAGGGGAUUAUCAUUACCGCGAGAUUUCAACACGGGACGGUGUUCACAGGGAUUUACGAGGCGUAAAAGAUAUGCUCCUUAAAGGUUACGAUCUUUACGUCUUUGCCACCCGUGAUUUCAUUCGACGCUUGGAUUUGUCUCGACGGCACGAUGGUUUCAUUGAUGUGUCCGAGAAGCAUACGUUUCCAAUGUGGGAGCCACCUCUUAGUAGGGAUGAAACGGAAAGAAUCAACAAAUAUAAGAUCAUCUCAUCUAACCAAAGCAUUGCUGUUGUUACAAGCUCUGGUCAGGUUUUGCUUGUCUAUACUUACCUGUUAACCUCAAAGGAUAGGGUGUUCCACCUGUACAAGAGGGAUCCUAAACAUCUUUACGCGACUACCUAUGACACCAUGCUUGUCGAGGUACAUUCUCUUGGUGAUGAGGCCCUCUUUUUGGAUUUUGGUAUCACCGUGCCUGCUGAUCAUACCCUUGGUAUUGAGCCUAACUCCAUCUAUUUCACACGCGAUGAUCGUAUCCGUCACCGCCGAACUUCAUCCCUCGACAUCUGUGUGUUCAGUCUUACCACAAAGACCGUCAAACGCUACCCCUGUCUCGAUGCCUCAAACAUCAAGGAUGCUCAGUGGUUUCUUCCCUCUUGAUUCUUACGUUCCUCAUGGUUUCCUCCCUCGGCCUUGCUCUCUUUCUUUCUGCUGCAAACUCUGGUGUUGUUGACACACAUUUCCAGACUCUACUUUGUUAUCAUCUUUUGCUUUUGAUGUAUAAUCUAUGACAUAUUGCGGUGGUGUUUAAAUCUCUUUGACUUUAUGUUCCAAAUUUCACAACCAUCACUUCAGGUCAACAUCUGCAUCAAGAGAUUGU